AUGUCUGACGAAGUUAUUUGGCAAGUUAUAAAUCAACAAUUCUGUGCUUUUAAAAUAAAAACCGACAAGAAUCAAAAUUUCUGUAGGAAUGAAUAUAAUGUCAGUGGGUUUUGUUCAAGACAAUCCUGUCCAUUAGCAAAUGCUCGAUAUGCUACUGUUAAAAACGUAGGUGGUAAAUUAUAUCUUUAUAUGAAAACUGCUGAAAGAUCUCAUAUGCCAAAUAGAUGGUGGGAAAGAAUUAAAUUAUCCAAAAAUUACAACAAGGCAUUAUCACAAAUUNGGUGGUAA